CAAUACAUUAAAACGAGUAAGUUCGUGUCGUUUCCAGGAAGUUCUAGUCUGUAGCAGCAUUUAAUAUCAAAUUGUGUCUUUUUUUAUUACUUAUUGGGGUGUUGGCAGUACAAUAUCGAGUUGAUUUGGUAACGGAUCAGGUUGAAGGUCAUGCCUUUGUUAUUUCAGAACAGAGAGCUUGGUCGCUUCAGAUCAACAACAGAACUAUUCCACAAGUAUCCAGAUUUACAGGAACAUGCAAAAGCCUUUCGGUCCAAGCCCCCUGUUGAUGUAGAUCCAAAGAGCCUGCUGUAUGUUCAACAGAGAGAGUUUGCAGCAACAACACCAGCAGACAAAUGUGUUUCGGUUUUUGGAUCCGAAGAUGCCACUACCUGCCACUUGGUCGUGCUGCGACACACCGGUAGUGGAGCAGUCUGCCUGGCUCAUUGUGAUGACUUUAGGAUCUGGUCUCAGAUCGCACGGAUUUUAAAAGCUGUAAAAUCACUGAGUAACGUCUGUAAUGAGGGACGAUUUGAGCUUCAUGUUGUUGGAGGCUUUGAUGACGACACAAAAACCUCUCAGAAGAUCAGCCUUGACAUACUAGCAGCUUUUCAGAGACAGGAGGAGGAUAUUCACCUAGAGACAUGUUGCAUAACAGAGAUGAAUGAUGUCGUUAAAGAGGGAAUCCAUAGACCGAUAAUAUAUGGGAUCGGUGUGAAUGUCAAAACGGGGGAGGUAUUCCCAGCAUCAUUUUCUUAUAAAGGACCUGCAGAGGACCUGCGGUCGGCGCGGAUCUUGACAGGAGGAGAGAUGGCUGACAUAUAUGACUCAAGUCGUGGACUUGUUAAAAUUGGACCAUGCCACUGGACUCCUGAUCGGAGUAUUGAAUCAUGGUUGACACAAAGUGACGACAUUGUUUUAAAGAACCUGUCUACGUCUCCAAUGGCUGAGCCGCCACACUUUGUCCAACACAUGAAGUCCACCAUCCAGUUCCUUUUGUCACAUCCAAACUCUGAAAGCCUGUUCCCUGGAGGGCAGCCUCAGCUCUACCAUCGGACGGAGAGUGGUACCUGGGAGAGGCUUGUCCAGUCGUAGGAGGCCCUAAUCUUUCUUCAACAAGACCUUUAACCAGUUUCUGACUGUUUUUGCUUCUCAGCUCAAUGGAAACACUGUGACUUCUUUUAACCUUCCGUUUUGCAUGGUUCAAACCCUUGAAUGAUCAACAUACAGCGUUUUAAAACUGUAUUCACAUUUCCCGGACUAUUUCUAGUUCUGUGCAUCCAAUUAGAUUAAAGCUAGUGUUGCAAAUCAAGAGACUGAAUUUUUUUGUGCUUUCUUUUCUUAUGAACAAAUAUGUCCUGCAGCUUGUGUUAAACUAGGGAGGAUCUAGAACCACAGGAUAUGGGACCUUA